UUCUCCCUCAAUUUCCUCUUCCUUGCCUCUCUCUCUCUCUCUCUCAACUUGUCCUCUUCAGUAUUCUAAAAUUCUAUUCUAUUCCCUCUCUUUGAUGUCACUUUACUUGGUCUUCCACGACUCUCCUUUUCUUCUUGACAUUUUUGCUCUUUCUCUUUCUUCUUCUUUACCUAAGCUUUGAACCAGAAGGAGGAGGAGGAGGAGGAAUAUAAUGACUACCAAGAAAUAACUCUCCUCUGAUCUGAAUUCUGAUCUGAACUGAUAUCUUUUUGUUUUAAAAAAAUAUAUAAAAUAUAAUAAUUGGUGAUGGUGUGACUGGUGGUGGAUUCGUCUGAAUAGUACUAAGUUUUGAGUGACAGCCGACAGUUCUGCAAAUCGUAUCCAUUCUUUCUCUUUCUCUUUCUCUUUCUCUCUGUCUUCUUUAACGGCCUUCUCUUAUUGUUUCUUGGACUUGCACUCAACUUGUCACAACUGCCUAUUACAUCACCUAAUAACACUCGGUUUUGAGGCAGCAAGGGUUGGUUAGAUAAUAUGGAGAAAUGAAACCCUGAAGAAGAACAGAUCUCAAAUUGUAAAAUAUGGAGAACAAGAUGAUGUUGCUGCUGUUAAAUGGAAGAUACAGAGAAAAAAAUGGAGGAGGAGAAAAAGAAGAUUUAAGAUUUAUUUUAUGAUUCAAUUUCAUAUCAUAAAUAGAGCUUGUUUGAGCUCAAAUUGGGAUCCAGUUGAAAAAAUCUGACAACAAAAUGAAGAAACAAUGGAGAAUUAUGGUAAUUUUUGGUUAUGUACUUCUACUCUUUCUAAAAUUGGCUUCUUCCAGUAAUGAUGAAGUUGCGGGGUUAUUGGCUUUCAAAAAAUCCUCUAUUAAAACUGAUCCAAAUAAGAUCCUAAUCAACUGGACUGCUAAUUCCUCUAGUCCGUGUUCUUGGUUUGGUGUCUCUUGUUCUGCUGGCCAUGUUACUGCCCUCAACCUCACAAAUACUGGCCUCAUUGGCAGUCUCCACCUGCCUGACCUCAUCGCUGCUUUGCCAUCUUUGAAGCUUCUUAGUCUGAGAGGUAAUUUGUUUUCUGCUGGUGAUCUUUCUGCCACAUCAGUUUGUGCUCUGGAAACGCUUGACUUGUCUUCCAAUAAUAUCUCUGAUCCUUUACCUGGAAAGUCCUUUCUUGUGUCAUGUAAUCAUUUGGCUCAUGUUAAUCUGUCACACAAUUCAAUUCCUGGUGGUAUUUUCCGGUUUGGUCCUUCUUUGUUGCAGCUUGAUUUAUCUGGCAAUAGUAUUUCUGAUUCUGCGAUUUUGGCUCAGUGUCUCUCUAUUUGCCAGAAUUUGAACUUUCUCAAUUUCUCUAAUAAUAAGUUCUCUGGCAAUCUUGAAACAAUUCCUUUAUCUUGUAAGAGACUAUCAGUUUUAGACCUUUCAUAUAACUUGUUCUCUGGGGAGAUACCAUCUAGUUUUGUUGCAAAUUCUCCACCAUCACUCAAGCAUCUCGAUCUUUCCCACAAUAACUUCUCUGGUACCUUUUCUAGUCUUGAUUUUGGGCAUUGUGGUAAUCUUACUUUGUUCAAUGUGUCUCAGAAUAGACUUUCUGGUAAUGGGUUUCCUAUUAGUCUGAGUAACUGUGAGGUUUUGGAGAUUCUUGACCUUUCUCAUAAUGAGCUACAAAUGAAUAUUCCCGGUGCUUUGUUGGGAGGAUUGAAGAAUUUGAGGCAGUUAUAUUUAGCUUAUAAUCAGUUCCUUGGGGAUAUUCCUCCUGAAUUGAGUCAGGCUUGUGGGACUUUGCAGGAAUUGGAUCUAUCAGGAAAUAGACUUACUGGAGGUUUGCCGUCGAACUUUGUAUCAUGUUCUUCUUCUUUGCAGAGCCUAAACCUUGGCAAUAAUCUCCUUUCAGGAGAUUUUCUCACUUCUGUUGUCAGUAAUCUUCAUAAUCUGAAAUAUCUUUAUGUACCAUUCAACAACAUUACCGGUCCAGUGCCUUUAUCUCUUACAAAUUGUACUCAGCUUCAAGUUCUUGACCUUAGUUCUAAUACCUUCACUGGGAGUGUUCCUUCUAAGUUCUGCACAUCCUCGAACCCCUCUGCAUUGCAGAAGUUACUUCUGGCUAGUAAUUAUCUAUCCGGGAAUGUACCCUCCGAGCUUGGAAGCUGUAAAAACCUGAGGAGAAUCGAUCUUAGCUUCAACAAUCUGAAUGGUCCAAUUCCUUUAGAGGUUUGGAACUUGCCAAAUCUCUCCGACUUGGUUAUGUGGGCAAAUAACCUCACAGGUCCAAUUCCUGAAAGCAUUUGCAUGAAUGGAGGGAACCUUGAGACUUUGAUUCUCAACAACAAUCUCAUAAAUGGAAGCAUUCCGCAAUCCAUUGGUAAUUGCACCAAUAUGAUUUGGAUUUCACUUUCUAGCAACCAGCUUACUGGAGAUAUCCCUUCCAGUAUUGGAAAUCUUGCUAACCUUGCUAUACUCCAAAUGGGUAACAAUUCGCUUAGUGGACAGAUUCCACCAGAGCUUGGCAAGUGUCGGAGCCUCAUUUGGCUUGACUUGAACAGCAACGACCUUAUUGGCCUCCUCCCACCUGAGCUCGCAGAGCAAGCUGGUCAAAUUGUUCCAGGCGUUGUGUCAGGAAAGCAGUUUGCUUUUGUGAGAAAUGAAGGUGGGACGUCUUGCAGAGGAGCUGGAGGACUUGUUGAAUUUGAGGGGAUUCGAGCAGAGAGGCUGGAAAAUUUCCCUAUGGUUCACUCUUGUCCAACGACAAGAAUUUAUUCUGGCAAGACAGUUUACACAUUCGCAAACAAUGGCAGCAUGAUAUAUCUUGAUCUUGCUUACAAUUCCUUGUCAGGAACUAUUCCUGAAAACUUUGGUUUAAUGAGCUAUUUGCAGGUUCUCAACUUGGGGCAUAACAAUUUAACGGGAACUAUUCCUGAUAGUUUUGGAGGUUUGAAAGAAAUUGGAGUUCUCGAUCUCUCUCACAAUAAUCUUCAAGGAUUUAUACCAGGAUCUUUAGGGACUCUUUCAUUUCUUAGUGAUCUUGAUGUCUCUAACAACAAUCUCUCUGGUGUAAUCCCUUCCGGUGGUCAGCUAACAACUUUCCCAGCAUCCAGGUAUGAAAACAAUUCCGGUCUUUGUGGGGUACCACUGGCCCCUUGUGGCUCUGGGCACCGCCCAGCAAGCUCUUAUACUAGGGGAAAGAAGCAGUCAGUGGCAGCAGGAAUGGUCAUUGGCAUUGCAUUCUUUGUCUUGUGUAUUUUUGGCCUCACGUUAGCUCUUUACCGAGUGAAGAAGUACCAACACAAGGAAGAAGAGAGAGAGAAGUAUAUUGAAAGCCUUCCAACUUCAGGUAGCAGCAGCUGGAAACUUUCAGGUGUUCCUGAGCCUCUUAGCAUUAACAUUGCCACAUUUGAGAAACCUCUGCGUAAGCUGACCUUUGCCCAUCUGCUUGAGGCUACUAAUGGUUUUAGCGCUGACAGCUUGAUAGGGUCUGGAGGGUUUGGAGAGGUCUACAAGGCACAACUAAAAGACGGCUGUGUUGUUGCAAUAAAGAAACUUAUUCGUGUUACAGGUCAAGGAGACAGAGAAUUUAUGGCAGAAAUGGAAACUAUAGGGAAAAUCAAGCACCGGAACCUAGUUCCUUUGCUUGGUUACUGUAAAGUUGGAGAAGAGAGACUGCUUGUUUAUGAGUACAUGAAAUGGGGAAGUCUGGAGUCUGUUCUUCAUGACAAGACCAAAGGAGGGUACUCAAGGCUUGAUUGGGCAGCAAGAAAGAAGAUUGCAAUAGGGUCUGCUAGAGGUCUUGCAUUCCUUCACCACAGCUGCAUACCACACAUCAUCCACCGUGACAUGAAGUCUAGUAAUGUUCUUCUAGAUGAAAAUUUCGAGGCUAGAGUUUCUGAUUUUGGCAUGGCAAGAUUGGUGAAUGCUCUUGACACACAUCUCAGUGUAAGCACCCUUGCGGGAACUCCAGGCUAUGUGCCUCCUGAAUAUUAUCAGAGCUUUAGGUGCACGACGAAAGGGGAUGUCUAUAGCUAUGGUGUGAUACUACUCGAACUCCUCUCAGGCAAGAAGCCUAUAGACCCUUCGGAGUUUGGGGAUGAUAAUAACCUUGUAGGAUGGGCGAAGCAGCUUCACAGAGAAAAAAGAAGUGAUGAAAUACUGGAUGUUGAAUUGACAGCACAGAAAUCUUUUGAAGCUGAAUUACAUCAAUAUCUGAGAAUUGCUUUUGAGUGCCUUGAUGAUAGGCCUUUUAAGCGACCAACAAUGAUACAAGUGAUGGCCAUGUUCAAAGAGCUUCAGGUUGAUUCUGAAAAUGAUAUUUUAGAUGGUUUGUCACUGAAAGAUGGAGUUAUAGAUGAAUUCAGAGAGAAAGAAUCUCAAAGUUCAUGAUGUUCGACUUUUGAUCGAACAUGAAAAGUUGCAUCCUACUGUAAAUAAUAGAACACUCAACUAGACAGAAGAAAGAUGCAAGGAAUUUGGUGGAGAAAACAAAUUGGCAUGUCUUUCAAUUGCUCAACAAUUGGGGUAAUAUAUAUUUUCUAUGAUCAUCAUAUUCAUCUUUGAAAGAGUUGGAAAGACUUUGUUUCUGUUGCCAUUGGCUUCUUUCUUCUGUCACAGUUUUGCUAACUGAUGUUCCACUAUUUGUUUUCUUUUGUUCUUUUUUGAAAUUUCCAAUUAUUGUUGUUCAUAGGAGGUCAGAAUUUUAGGAGUGAUGACACUGUCUUUUGUAAAGUUUGUAGUGUUAGCAUUAUUGGGAAUUAAAAUUAAUCAUAAUUGUAUCACUUGCACUUUGUUCUACUGAACUUUCCACUGUCAAUUUAUUUGCUGUUUCCUUCUUUUCCUA